UCCGCCCCCGUCUUCCUCCGCCUGACUAAAAAGGCUAGGUCUUGCCGCCGGCGGCGGCGGCGAAAUGAACGCGGCCGAGGAUGCCCGCCGCCGUACCACGCGCACGCGCACGCGCCUCCAUCCACAUACCCACGCGAGUGAGGCGGGCGAAGCAGUGGCCCGCCGCCGCAGCACGUGCCUCCAUCCCCAUCCCCAGAUCCAGGCCAGUCACGACGGCGACGGAGUGGCCCGCCGCCGCAGCCCGCGCCUCCAUCCCCAGGCCCACGCGAUCGAGGAGGGCCAAGGAGUGGCUCUCCGGCGCAGCACGCGCCUCCGUCCCCAUGUCCACGCGGGUGAGGAGGCAUCCGGAGUUACCCGCCGCAGUCGCCGUCGUGGCCGCCGCGGAAGCUCGCCGGCGGGGCUGUCCUCGCCUCUUGAGGACGACGAUCUCCUGUGGGAGAUCCUCCUCCGCCUCCCGCCGGAGCCCUCCUCCCUGCUCCGUGCCUCCGCCGUCUGCAAGCGCUGGCGAUGCGCGGCCACCGACCCCAGGUUCCAACGCCGAUUCUGCCAACACCACCGGAAGCCGCCCCUCCUCGGCUUCUUCGAGCACAGCGUCGAUGGUAUCGUCUUCAAACCUGUCCUGGACCCUCCCGACUAUAUCCCUCCUCAGCGCUUCGACGUAAGACUCCACGGCAUUGACAGUGGCCGUGGCACGGGGGUCAAACUGCUGGGGUGCCGCCAUGGUCGCCUCCUCCUCAUGCAUUGGCAACAGGCAGAGCUUAUUGUAAUUGCUCCCAUCACCGGCAAGAAGUUCUGCCUGACCGUUCCGUCCAAGUUAAGUUAACGGGGGACUGCUACCUUGAUGGGGCGGUGCUCUGCGCUGCUGCUGACCAUGGCCACGUGCACGGAAGCUUCCACUCAAGCCCAUUCAAGGUGGUCUUGCUGUCGACGAGCGCCUACCGUCAUGGUCCACAGCCCGCCUUUGCAUGUGUUUACUCCUCGGAGAUUGGCAUGUGGAGCGAUCUUAUCUCAACGCCGACUCCAUGUCAGCUUCAUGGUGCUUAUAUUCAUGGGUCACUUAUUGGUAAUUCACUUUACUGGAUGUGCACUCACAGAAUGUAUAUAUUUGAGUUUGAUUUGGAUGGUCAGAGCCUAGCUUUGAUCACAGCGCCUCCCAAAAUAAAUGAGGUCCGCCACAACUAUGACGGUAUGACCAACGUGAGAUCAUCCGGAUGGUGAAUGGUGUUGUUGGUCUUGCCAUAUUGUCUCCUUAUUACCGUAGCAUUCAAAUGUGGCAGUGGAACGUCAAUUGUCAUGGUGAUACCAAAUGGGUGUUGUGCAAGUCCAUUGAAAUGAAUAACAUUCAUGGGAUCCCUCCUGGGGUUAGAGAGAGGCCAGAGUUGGUAUUUAGACUGAGAUAUGCUGAGGAUACUGGUGGUAUAUUUAUAUAUGUGGGCUGGAGUGUCUAUAUUGUUCAACUCAAGUCGAUGCAAUCUUGGAAACUUUGUGAAACCCACUAUGUUAAUGGCCAUCAUCCUUUCAAUAGUUUCUAUAUGCCAGGCACAAUCAUUGCUCGUGGUUAUGUUGGAGCUGAAAUGUUGUGCAGUAGCGAUACAUAGGAUGACUUUCGACCUUGAUGUGCUAAUGUGCUGAAACGGUUCAUCAGGUAAGAAGAUCUUCUGAAUAUACUUUUGUGGAUUUUGAAUUGUUUGAUUUUCUCUUUAGAAGAAAUAUCUGCCGGCCACUGUGGGUAGCAUGCACCCUUAAACUACUAUCCAUUCAGCUAUAGCAAUUCACGCUUGCUAAUAAAACAGACAAGCAAUUAAAAUGGUGGUGUUGCCAAGUAAAAAGUGACACCUUUUCAACGAUAAAUGAUAUCCAGACGAUUCAAAUGUUGUACGCCGAGUUUUCUCUUGGCUUAGUUGUUCCAGAAUCUAAUAAGUUGAAAGCAAUACAUUAGUGGCCCAGCUUGUUAUUACAAACACCAGUCACAUUAUUCAACUCGGUCACCCAACAAAUUCAUGUGAAAAGGCUGAAGGGUUUAUUUUGUUGUCAUUGGUAUUCCUAGGAGAUAUAGCCAGUAAUGUGACGAAAAAGCAAUUUGGCUCCCGGAUCCAGAUGAUCCCGGUAUCUGGACCGACCAGGAGCAUCGGGAUGUGCGCUCAGCCUCCUAUUUCAUAUGGUAUUCGUUCGGCAGAAUCUCCCCUGCUGGCCCACACAGCACAUUUAUUGCAUGACGACAGCAUCUACGGCCCAUGUGGUACAGACGGACCUGGCCGGUGGUACACACGCCUGGAUGCACCUGGGCCACUGGCAGAAAACGAACGAUGCCGUCAGCCCCACUCCCACCCUCACCUAACCGGGGCCACAGUUAUCUUCCUCCAUACGCCUCCAAAAAUAUCCUCAUCUGCACAGAGCUCCAUCCACAGUUCCAUCCUUAUAUGGUACAACCUGAAGCAUGCCGACACUAAGAUGAAGGAAAAGAAGCUGAAAAAGAAAUAAAAGAUGAAGUCUUGAGAUGGUACAGUGGGCAUAAUCCUAACGUGCAGGCGACCUCACAGGGACUCAAGCAGAUAGUUCAGAAACAUAUAGGAUAAUCCUUGUUUUCUUGACUUCAAAUGACACGUGUCAUCCUAAUUGGUAAGAACUUGUUAGUGUAAGCAUAUCCUUGCAAAAAAUUACAGCUAUCCAUGCAUCUUCAAAUGGCAGAAGUAAAAUCUACUGAAGCACACUCACAUUUAUGAAACCCUCGUUUUCUAGUUCAUCAUCUGAUAAACUUUCAUCACUACCAAAAGAAACAUAAUCAUUCAGCAGCCAGAAGACAUUAUGGAUGCGAUAAGUAACAAUCAAUGGGUCCGUCGUUCUAGCAAUGAUUGAAAAAACUGACCAUUGUAGAUUUGAACAUGAUUAGGAAACUUCCAAUCGUCUUCCUGUGGAUGAUUUAAAAAGUGCCAACAAACAUUUCUAGAAAAGUUGUUGGAAGUUUGAUCGAAUCAUUGGAGAAGUCUGAACCAUCUAGUAUUUAGAGUCUUGAUAUUGAUAAAAAUUCUGAA